AUGAGUGACUGCGCUUAUUCAGAUCCUAAGCUUAAAAAAGUACAUUAUCACCUCCACUAUAAGAAAGAUUCUGCACAAGCAUUAGCUUCUCAAAAUUUUCAAAGCUAGCAACACGUACAUGUUUCCAGCAUUAAUAAACCAACUACUUAACAAGUUUAAGUUGGAACAUCUUAAAGAGUUUUUGAUACUGGUUUUAUUCAAGUUGAUACAUCUUAAAUUGAAACUAUUGAUAUCAACCAUAAACUCUUAGCAGAGAGAGACCAACUUAGAUUCAGAAUAAUUAAUCUAGAAGAAUAGCUUGUUACUUCUCUUGAGACAUAAAAAAUAGAAAUAAUUAGAUAAUUAGAACAAAAAUAUAAUGAACAGCUAAAAGAAUUAGAAAUUACUCACUCUAAGUCUAUAGAGUUAGAAAGGAGUUAAAUGAGCUCUCUUAGAUAAUAAGUUACAGAACUUUCAGCUUAGAACAUUACUUACAAAGAGAAUAUAACUUCACUAUAAAAAACACUGGAAAAAUAUGAAUAAAAAUUCGAAAAGUUUUCUGAAAAAAGUAAGAAAGAAAAAGAUUAAAUUAAAAAAUCUUUCUAAGAAGAUAUCGAAAAAUUAUAAAAUGAAAUAUUGAGUUUGAAGGAAAAAGUUAGAGAUAGUGCUCUUAAUAAUGAUAGGCCAACUAAAGUCUAUUUUGAAGAGCAACUAGCAAAUGUAAAAGCUUAGCUUUAAUUAAAGGUUUUGAGAAUAGAAAAGCUUGAAUCAGAUAAUUAAGGUUUAGAACAGCAACUUCACUAGCAGGCAUUAGAAUUAUCCUCUCUUCAAACUCAACUUAAGAUAAAAAGUUAAGAUUAUGACAGGUAUACAAUUUAAAGAAAAACUUCUGAUAUAGAAAAGCAGAUGGUAGAACUAUAAAGAUAAUAUGAAAAGACAAUUUUUAACUUAGAAGAAAAGAUAGAUCAUUAGAAAUAAAAGAUACAGAAACUGAAACUAUAAAUAUCGAAAGGUCCCAUUAAGUUAGACCCAGUUAUUGUAGAUCGCCCUGUUUAAGUAGAAACAGUAGUUGAAACCGUUAAGUAUAUACCAGUGGUAAAAUAAAAUAAAAUAAAAAGUUUAUAUUUUAUUGAUAAAAAUAAAAAAUAAAGGAAAGAGUAGUAAAAGAGCAUGGAUUUGAUAAUAAGAACUCUGUAUUGCUUGCUUAAAACGAUAAAAGAACAGAAAAAGAAUUAGAACUAAUUAAACACUAUGAAGAUAAAAUAGAGUAAUAAUCUUUUCUAAUCACUUAGCUUUAAAGAAAAAUAGAAACCUUUUCAAAAAUACAUACAUUACAAUCUUAGACAUAAACUGCUUAGGAUUAACAAGUUCUAUAAGCAAAUGAAACAGUUAAAAAAUAUUAAUAGGAAAACGACUACCUCAAAUAGAGUUUAUAAAACUACGAAUCAAAUUUAAAUAAUUUAACUAAGAAAUUUGAUGAGCCAAACUAAUUCUGAUAAUAUUUAACUGUUUGUAUUUGUUUAUAAACUAAAUUUGUGUUAAAAUACCUAAAAAUAAUUUUUAUUUAUUUUGACUAUAUCAAAAUAACUUACUUUUUUCAAAUAAAUGUAAAAUAAUUGUAGCAAAAAAUUAUUAAUUGCUAAAAUAUUUUAAAUUAAUUUAAUCUCCUACAAAUAAAUUUAUCAAUCAACCAAAAUUCAUGAAAAAUUUAUUUUCUUUUGUAAAGCAGAUUCCAAGAUGUAAAUUUAAAAUGAGCAAAUUUUUUUAAAAAACAACAUAAUUAUUAUUAAAAAAGAUUGUUCAAAUAUUUUUUUGCUAAUUCUUAAAAUAUUUUAAAUUAAUUUAUCUAAUUAAAAACGAAUUUAUUAAUGA